CCGAACGUCUUGUCAAUGUCACAAAUAUCAAUUUUAUUUGCAACAAAUCGCAAUAUGUAAAUGUAAACGUAAACUUAUUCUCGAAUCUACUAUACCGUUCGCUGUUUUUCCCACAAUCAGUGAAAAUCGAGUGCGUAUCGACCAUUUUCUAUUAUGUAAAACAUCGCCUGCUAACAAUGAGCACCAAACGACGCGUGAUUUCGACGAUAUUCUGCCUGAUCGUGUUCGCGAAUAUUGCGUCGCUCCAAACCGCGAAUAACUCCACGAUCGAAGCCAACAAAACGAGCAUCGUCGCCCCGCAGGAUGGCAACGCAAAGGCGAGCCCCGUCCCGUCGAAUUCCACCAACAGCAGCGCCGUCGCUUCGACGACGGCGGCGCCCGCGACCUCCGUCAGCUCCACCGAACCGACCGUCGCCAACAGAACCGAAGAAUCGACGCUGGUGAGGCAGGCGAACGUCACCAGCGAGAACGCCACCACCACCCAAACGGCGGACCCCGUGGCCCCCGUUCUGCCGGCCAAAACCGAGGCCGAAGACGAGCACAACAGCUCCAUGGCCAUAUUCUUCGUGCUGUGCGUCCUCGCCAUAGGCAUUCUGUUGAUCCAUCUGAUGCUGCAGACGCACUUCCAGUACGUCCCGGAGAGCAUCGUCAUCGUGUUCCUCGGCGCGCUCAUCGGCCUGACCAUGAACGCCUUGUCGAGCCGGAACAUCAGCAACUGGCGAAAGGAGGAGGCCUUCUCUCCCACGGCCUUCUUCCUCAUACUGCUGCCUCCUAUCAUAUUCGAAUCCGGCUACAAUUUGCACAAGGGAAACUUCUUCCAGAACAUCGGUUCGAUCCUCGUGUUCGCCAUAUUCGGCACCACCAUAUCGGCCUUUGUGAUAGGCUUCGGGAUAUACUUCUUGGGAUUGGCCGACGUGGUGUACAAGCUGGGAUUCGUGGAGUCGUUCGCGUUCGGCUCUCUCAUAUCCGCCGUCGAUCCGGUGGCCACCAUCGCCAUAUUCCACGCCCUCAACGUCGACCCCAUCCUCAACAUGCUGGUGUUCGGCGAGAGCAUACUGAACGACGCCAUCGCCAUAGUACUCACGAACGCCGCCUUGGAAUCCAACAACCCGGAUAUGAGUACGGGAGAAGCCAUCGUAAUAGGAAUCGAGCGAUUCUGCUUGAUGUUCUUCGCAUCGGCUCUCCUCGGCGUCGUGUUCGCUUUGGUGAGCGCCUUGCUGUUGAAACACGUGGACCUGCGGAAGAAUCCUUCGCUCGAAUUCGGCAUGAUGCUGGUGUUUACGUACGCCCCGUACGUACUAGCCGAAGGCAUCCACUUGUCCGGUAUAAUGGCGAUUCUGUUCUGCGGCAUCGUCAUGUCCCACUACACCCACUUUAAUCUCUCAACUGUAACUCAAAUCACCAUGCAACAGACGCUUCGCACUUUAGCUUUCAUAGCGGAGACGUGCGUGUUCGCUUAUCUGGGGCUCGCGCUGUUCAGCUUCAAGCACCGCGUCGAGCCGGCCCUGAUCGUCUGGAGCAUCGUGCUGUGCCUGCUCGGCCGCGCCUGCAACAUCUUCCCGCUGGCGAUUCUCGUGAACCGCUUCAGGGAGCACCAGAUCACCAAGAAGAUGAUGUUCAUCAUGUGGUUCAGCGGGCUGCGCGGCGCCAUCUCGUACGCGCUGUCGCUCCAUUUGAACUUCAGCGACGAGACGAGGCACGUGAUCAUCACGACGACGCUGAUCAUCGUGCUGGUGACGACGCUGUUCUUCGGCGGCGCCACCAUGCCGCUGCUGAAGCUGCUGCAGGCCACCAAGAACCCGGCGUCGCGGCGGCUCAAGAAGCGCAAGAAGGACAGGGAGGUGACGUUGAGCAAGACGCGCGAAUGGGGCCAGGCGCUCGAUUCGGAGCAUCUGUCGGAGACCACCGAAGGCGAGGCCGAGGUGACGUUCGCCUCCGAACAGAACAAGGGAUUCGCCAAGUACGAUUUGAAGUAUUUCAGACCGUUCUUUACCAGGAGGUUCACUCAACAGGAACUGAAGGAUUGUAAAUCCCAAAUGACGGAUCUUACCAAUCAAUGGUAUCAGGCCAUUCGUAUAUCUCCGGACCAAUCGGACGAGGACAGUGCGAACACUGCUAGGUCUAGUAUAUCGAGCAUCGUUCGCUAGAUUUUUUUUUUUAUUGUAUAUACGCCCCAUAUUGAAAACGCUUUCCACCACACAAUACUAAUAAAAUAAGAGCAGUAUUGAAAGGCAAAAAUAUGUCGCUAGUCAAAACUAACAAUAAGAUGAUAGUACUUACUAUUAAAAAUAAUCGCUGGAUAUAUUGUAUAAUUUUGUUAUUUUGUAAGUAGAGGUGCGCCGUUUUAAAGAUUGUGGUUGUAAAAUUGUUGACUAGUCUAUCUAAUGUAAGUUUUUUGCAAGUUUUUGGGUGAUAAUAUGAUGUACGUUCGAGGAGCAGUUACGAAUUUAUUAUGAUUUUUAUUAUUUUGCGUGAUUUUAUAUCGACUCUUCUCGAUUUGUGAUUACAAACCAAUCUUAUUAUAAAUAUUACUAUACUUAUCUUUUGUCGAAAUAAAAAAAUCUGUUAAAACCGCACGCAUUUAAUCAUCACACGAAUUUAAAAAGAAAAACAUCGUGUAAUGAAUAUUUUAUUAAAUCGAGUUGAAUUAAAAUGAUACGUUGAAGCUUACAACAAAAACUAUUAUAUUUGUUCAUUAUUCUAGCUGCUAAAACUAUUAUUGAUCAAAAAAAAAUUGGCAAAUGCAAUAAAUAAUCUACAAUAAAAUGUAAACUCCACCAUCUACUUUAGUU